AUGAGGUUUUUAUUUAUAUUCCUCAGUAUUUUACAAUUUGUAUUUUCAAACACAAAUAUUCGUGCUCAAACUACUCUAAAAUGCUUUGAUUCAAAUAAUAACCCAAAAAGUUUUGAAUUUCGAUUGAGGUUGUGGGAAAUUGAUUACUAUCCAAAAGAUGAUGAUGUGGUUGUGAGAACUUUUGGACAAGCGAAUGGAAAUAUUACGGUGGUUUCGAAAGGAACUCCGAAAAUUGAUCAUGAUGAUGAUAAGGUAAGCCUGAGAAAAUACAUUUUUGAAUUUAAUUUUUUUCUAGAAAAGAUUCUGGAUUUGGUCAUGGAUCCAUCAUAAUUGCACUCCAUCCGGAAUAACUACUUGCACACAUGUGGAUUUGGGAGAAGUUAAUUCAAAAAUCACAGGAGUUAAUUAUGUUUACACUGUCAAUCUUCAUGAUAGAAAUAGUGAUAUUUGUGAUGAUAAUUAUAGGUAUCAAUAAGUUUCCAAAGAGAAGAAUAAAUGUUCACCAAAAAUUCUUUAUCUGAAGUUUUGAUUUUUUGAAUCGGAUUAAAAGAAUAUACUUUGAAAAAAAACCAUUUUUCAAACAUUUUGCUUUUGAAAAAUGAGGUUUUUAUUUAUAUUCCUCAGCAUUUCACAAUUCGUAUUCGCUAGUAACACAAAUAUUCGAGCUCAAACUACUCUGAAUUGUUUCGAUUCACAAAAUAAUCCAAAGAAUUUUGAAUUCCAAUUAGAACUAUGGGAGAUUGAUGAUCCAGAAUAUGAUGAUCCUGCUGGGAGCGCAUUCGGACAUGCUUAUGUAAAUAUUACGGUAGUUUCAAAAGGAACUCCGCUAAUUGAUUAUUUAGAUGAUGAGGGGAGCCGGAAAAAAUAUUUUUUUCAAAUUUAAAUUUUCCAGAAAAAAUUCUGGAUUUGGUCAAGGAUACAACAUAAUUGCACAAAAUCUGGAAACACAAUUUGCUCACAAGUGGAUUUAGGAAAAGUGAAUCCUAAAAUAACUGGAGUUAAUUAUGUUUAUACUGUUAAUCUUCAUAAUGAAGUUAAGGAUACUUGUAAUGAUGAUUAUCGAUGGCAAUAA